CAUUAUUAUCGGCCAAAUGUGCCGUAAAUACGAAUGGGCGUACUUCUUUGGUGCCCUUGCCCUAACUUUAACGUGGCAUUGUUAAAACAACCUGCAAAACUCCGGGAAAAUUACGGAAAAUCAAGAAGCUUUGAUCUGCAGACUGCAGAGUAAAGCUUAAGAGUAAUGGUGGGAACGAACUUGAAGGAAGCAACAGUGACGCAAAUGGAUCAAAGGGGUGCCAUGGAGUCUGAGAUGAACGCAAUUAUUCAGCGUCUUUGCUACUCAGGAGGUCCAGGUCUAUCUGCCAACCUUGUCGACUCUGAGGGCUUCCCUCGUACAGAUAUUGAUAUUCCUGCUGUUCGUGCAGACCGUCAACGUCUAGCUGAGCUUAAAAUUGACCACAAAGAUCUCACAGAGAAAAUCAGUCAAAAUAUACAACUUAUGCAUGCAGCAAAACUGGGACCUAAGUUUUCAACCACCACGGAUUCAGAUAAUGUUGGCAUGAGGAGUACUGCUGUACCUGCAGAUGUGCAUGCAAUUAGCAGAUUACCUUUUGCAGUGGUAGAUGAAAUAGUUGAGGAAUCUCCUGCAGCAGAAGAUGGUUUGCAGCUAGGGGAUCAGCUGGUUAAAUUUGGAAGUGUAGAGUCUGGGGAGAACUUACUCUCGAGGCUUGCUUCUGAAGUUCAGAAAAAUCAGGGCCUUGCAACAUCUGUGGUGGUUAUGAGGCAGGGUGUGCUGACGAGCUUACACAUUACUCCUAGAACAUGGCGAGGCAACGGUUUACUGGGAUGUCAUUUUAAAUUUCUCUGAUGCCAUACUUCUAUAUUAGCAAGGUGAAGCGAGCUUCUAGGCGUUGUGUUUGUGUAUUGCAAGGGGCUUUCUACAACCUGGUUCCAUGUUGCUAUUUCUAUCUUCUGUCUGUCUCUCAGUGCUGUUAGUUUGUAUAAAUCAGAGUUGCUUGAACAUAUUUAGUUUUUUCUUGGGGGUUUGUUUAUUUGGACUCCGCCCUGUUCGUAUGAGGCGUAUUUUGCUUCAUAGUGGUGGUUUACUGACAUUUGCGUGCCAUGAGAACUCGGUACUUUUAAGUCUACUUGGAGGUGCUGAGUCUUCACAUCCCCAUAUCCGAGACAAGAUCUACAAUAGUUUCUUUUUGGCGGCAAAAUCACGCCUUUGAAGAAGUGAGAAAGUUUCAA